GUAUUUACAUGUUUUUAGUACUACAACAUUAAUUACAGCUUUAUAAUAAUGGCAUCUAGAUUCAGCGGAGCCCUGCAACUUACGGAUCUUGAUGAUUUCAUUACUCCGUCUCAAGAAUGUAUAAAACCAGUGAAAAUCGAAAAAAAGAAAACAAAAACUGGUGCAAAGAUCAAAAUAGGUGAAGAUGGGUACUUUGAUAUAUCAAACGGGCGAGAACAGAAGUUGCAGAAGGUGGAGAUCACGCUCGCAGACUGCCUCGCGUGCAGCGGCUGCAUCACGUCUGCUGAGAGCGUGCUUGUCACCCGCCAGAGCCAGGAGGAGCUGCUCAGGGUUUUCUCAGAGAAGAAGUACAUAGAUACCAAAGGGAACACAAAAAAUGUGAGCCUGAUAGUGAUAUCGCUGUCGCCGCAGCCCACUCUGUCACUGGCUGCACGCUACAAGCUCACUCCAGAAGAAGCUGCUAGAAAAUUAGCAGGUUAUUUCAAAAGUCUGGGUGCAGACCUAGUCCUGGACAUGACGAUAGCAGAAGACCUGUCACUGCUGGAAGCCCAGCAGGAGUUCCUGCAGCGCUACCAGGAGCAGCAGACCGACCCCAACGGCAAACACCUGCCAAUGUUGGCUAGUUCUUGUCCAGGUUGGGUGUGUUACGCGGAAAAAACUCAUGGCAACUUCAUCCUCCCUUACAUCUCCAGUACGAAGUCCCCCCAACAGAUCAUGGGCUCCCUCGUGAAGCAAUACCUGUCCAAGCACAGGGAGGUGUCUCCGGGCGAGGUGUACCACGUGACCGUCAUGCCGUGCUAUGACAAGAAGCUGGAAGCCUCGAGGGAGGACUUCUACAGUGACAUGAUGAAUUGUCACGAUGUGGACUGUGUUAUUACAGCUAUUGAGCUGGAACAAAUGCUGUCGAACAGCAACAUCUCCCUGGGCGACGCGCCCCUCAGCCCGCUUGACUGGCCGUGGGGGGAGGGGGAGUCGGGGCUCCGCAGCCACGCGGGCUCAGGCUCCGGGGGGUACGCGGACCACGUGUUUUUGCACGCGGCUGAACAGCUCUUUGGGGAGUCGAAUGCUACGCUUGUUUACAAAAAUUUGAGGAAUCCGGACUUCAGAGAAGUGACUCUAGAGAAGGACGGCAAGGAGGUGUUGAGGUUCGCGGUCGCGAACGGGUUCCGCAACAUUCAGAACCUGGUGCAGAAGCUCAAGCGCGGGAAGUCUCCGUACCACUACGUUGAAGUGAUGGCGUGUCCUUCAGGUUGUCUAAACGGAGGUGCUCAAGCCCGGCCAGUGUCAGGAGAGAGCGGUCGCGAGCUGGUCUCCCAACUGGAACUCCUGUACUCGGAGCUGCCCCGCGCCCACCCCCCAUCCAACCGCCUCGUCCCCCGGCUGUACGCCGAGUGGCUCGACGGACGGGACUCAGACAAGGCCCGCGCGGUGCUGCACACGGGGUACCACGCCGUCGAGAAGUCUGAUAUGGCGCUUAAUAUUAAGUGGUGAUGGUAGCGACAUCUGUAGGUAAUGUAAAUGAUUUAUUGUACUUGCUUCUUCCUAGAAGUCACUUCCUAGACUUCAAUACUCUAUGGUCCAUAGGCGCUUGCACAAUGCGCGGGCGCAUUGUCCAGUUAUAUUUAUAUAUACACAUCUUGUUGGUUACCAAAUUCAAUUUUAAUUAAGGUCUGCGCAUAAUAUAUUUUCCAAAAAAAUGGAAAAUUCAAUCAUUUUUAUUUUGCAAUUACCAACACAUGUUUCGUUCACAUUUUGAACAAAUAAACCUAUAUUAAAGUCUGCGUCUUUUUAAUGUGUAUAACAUCAACAAGCAUUAUGGGAAGUGUAUAAGAUCCUAAUUAAUAAGCAAUUACUAUAAAUAGCUGUACAUUUUUGUAUAUAUUGAUUUAUGUAUGAUAACAUUUUAAACUAAGUGCACAAGUUUUUAUGACUAUUGAUUUUGUUCAAGAUUCAUUUAUAUAUGUUUUAAAUCAUAUGUUUAAGAACAAUGUUUGUUAUAAAAAUAAUAUCGAACAAUAAAAUUGUUGGAACCGUC